AUGCAUUUGUUUAGCACUAUUUCUUUUUUUCUAUUGACCGGAGCAAUAACUUCUUCGAAACUUCAUUUUCCAGCUGAACAUCAUCUCAGCAAUAUUCGUCAGCUAACAUUUGGUGGACAAAAUGCUGAAGGAUAUUUUAGUUUUGAUGGUAAUUGGCUAACAUUUCAAGCAUCUGGCAUACCGGAAUAUGGCACAUCUUGCGAUCAGAUUUAUAAGCUUGAUCUAACUAUCCUACCAGAAAAACAAGUUCCACAACGAAUAAGCACAGGUAUCGGAACCUGUACUUGUUCCUACUUUUAUCCAGACAAUCGUCAUAUGAUCUAUGCAGGAACAUUUCAACGUGCAAAUUUCACCUCAUCAAUUAAUAUUGAUAGUUGCCCGACGAAAACGUGCCAAACACAGCGUGCUAAAAGCGACCCACGUUUAAGACAUCUCUGUAAUACAACUUACACGUGGGAUCUAUUUCCGGAAUACGAUAUUUUUAAGGUGAACGAAUUUGGUACAGUUAUAAGUCGUUUGACCGACACAGUAGGAUACGAUGCGGAAGGAGCUGUUUCUCCUGAUGGUCGGAAAAUAGUAUUUACCUCAGUGAGAAGUGGUGAUCCGGAAAUUUGGAUUAUGAAUUCGGAUGGGACAGAACCAAAACAGUUGACAGAUGAACUUGGUUAUGAUGGUGGUCCAUUUUUCAGUCCGGAUGGAUCUAAAAUUGUUUUCCGUGCAUCAAGACCAAAUACCAGUGACGAAAUUCAAACAUACAAAGAUUUACUCUCCUACAAUUUGGUGUCGCCACUUGAAAUGGAACUUUAUACAAUUAAUAUUGACGGCAGUGGUUUAAGAAAAGUUACAUCUCUUGGUGGUUCCAAUUGGGCUCCAUUUUAUAUGCCAGAUAAUCGUCACAUUAUCUUCAGUUCAAAUUUCAAUGAAACUGGUGGACAUUUUGGGGCAUUUAAUUUGUAUAUGAUUAAUGAAGCAGGUGGAAAUGUUGAACGGAUAACUUUCAAUGAAGGUGGAUUUGAUGCUUUCCCGAUGUUUGACCGAACUGGUCGACGCUUAGUUUGGGGAAGUAGUCGAAAUGGACGAAGUCGAAAUGAAUUAAAUCUUUUUAUCGCUGAUUGGCAUGAUACUUAUACGAUGAAAAUUGGAAAUGAGAUAAAGAAAGAAAAUUCGACUUUUUUUAAUUUGCGAUCUGCGGUGAUGGAAAAAAAUUCUCCAAAGAAGGUCGAACAGCUCACCAAAGGUGAUAUUAACAUGGCUGGUUCUUUUAGUUUUGAUGAUAAAAGAAUAAUUUAUGAAGGAUUUGGUACUCAAUUUUAUGAUACAACGUGUGAACAGGUAUUCGAUUUAGACCUUACAAGUUCAUCUCGAAGAAUCCGACGUUUAAGCACCGGUAUUGGUGCUUCACGCUCACCGGUAUAUACAUCUGAUAGCAAUGUUAUAAUAUAUGCUAGUAAUAUUCUUACUGCUAAUCGUUCUGCUUUAAACAGUUGUCCACGACGAGUAUGUACUGAUACAAGGCAAUCAUGGAUAAAAGAAAUUUGUAAACUAUCAUACGUGUUGGAUUUAUAUCCGGAUUUUGAACUAAUCAAAGUGAACAAGUUCGGCAAUUUUAUUCAACGUCUAACGAAUACAACAGGUUAUGAUGGUGAAGCAAGUAUAUCUUCAGACGGAAGAUAUAUUAUCUUUACUUCAAGAAGGAAUGGUGAUCCUGAUUUGUGGACAAUGGAUAUAGAUGGAAAAAAUUCUAGACAGAUAACAAAAACUGUCGGUUAUGAGGGUGGUGCGAAAUUAAGCCCCGAUGGACGAUUUAUUGUUUUUCACGCUUCACGUCCGACAUUACCCAUUCAACUUAUCGAAUAUUAUUGGUUAUUAUGGCAGUAUAAUGCUGUUGAACUGGCUAACACUCAAAUAUUUCUCAUGCAUAACGAUGGAAGUGGUUUGAGGCAGCUGACAAGAAAUGGAACAAAUUUAUGGCCCACAUUUCUGAGUAAUAAACGAAUUUUGUUUGCCUCUAAAGGCAUUUUAGCAAAUCGUACAUUCAACAUUUUUGCUGUUAACAUUGAUGGAAGCGAAUUAGAACAGAUUACCACUGAUCGUGAUUAUAGCAAUUUUUAUCCUGCAAUUUCUCAUGAUGGCCUGAAAUUGUUGUGGAGCCGAAGCAUCACUAAUGUUCAACAAUUGAAUUUGUAUCUAGCACUAAUUGGCAAAAUAUGA